AUGGCGAGCUCUGGGCCCAACGCGGAGCCAAAGCUCCUCUGGAACGCGGAGAAUGUCAAAGACGUCGCCGAAUCCGUGGGCAUCGGGGCCCUGUCCGAGGAGGCGCUCAAGGCGCUCACGCAAGACGUCGAAUACCGAAUCGGCCAGGUCAUCAUCGAGGCCCUGCGCCUCAUGCGCGCCUCCCGCCGCACGACAAUGACAGUCAACGACAUCUCCCUCGCGCUCAAGGUCCUCGACGCCGAGCCACUGUACGGGUACGACUCGACCCGACCGCUGCGCUUUGGCGAGGCGAGCCUUGGCCCCGGCCAGCCGCUGUUCUACAUUGAAGACGAAGAGGUCGAUUUCGAGAAGCUCAUCAACGCGCCACUGCCCAAGGUGCCCCGCGACAUGAGCCUGACGGCGCAUUGGCUCGCGAUUGAGGGCGUGCAGCCGUCGAUACCGCAGAAUCCCACCACGGCCGAGUCGCGGUCCCAGGAGCUGCUGCCCAAGGGACCUGGCGCGAACCCAGCGCUCGCCGCCCUCGCCGGCAACGACAACCCCUCGAUGAAGCCCUCUGUCAAGCAUAUCGUGAGCAAGGAGCUCGUUCUCUACUUUGAAAAGAUCCAGGCCGCCAUCCUGGACGACAGUCCGGACGAGGAGGUGGUCCGUCUACGACAGGCUGCACUGGGCUCGGUGAGGGACGACCCGGGCUUGCACCAGCUCGUGCCUUACUUCAUCAACUACAUCAUGGACCGUGUCACGCAUAACUUGGACGACACGUUUGUCUUGAAGCAGAUGAUGGCACUCACAAACGCUCUCAUCGAGAACAAGACCCUAUUCCUCGACCCGUACGCCAGCCCUCUGUCUGCGCCGGUCCUGACCUGUCUCAUGGCCCGCAAGCUCGGCAUGGACGACAGCACCGCCGCACUCAAGGAGCAGUACGACCUGCGGCAGUUGGCAGCGUCACUGGUGGGGCGCAUUGCGCGCAAGUACGCCGCCUCGAAUAAUGGCCUGCGGCCCAAACUCACCCGCACCUGUCUGAAGUACUUCCUAGACCCUACCAAGCCGCCCGCGGUGCUCUACGGGGCCAUCCAGGGUCUGUUCGAGGCGGGCGGCGCGGAAGCCGUCCGCGUGCUCGUGCUACGCAACUUGAAGCCGUUCGAUGAGCACAUCCUGAGCCCCCUGCGCCAGUCGUUCGAGUCGGACAUCAACUACCAGAUGCUCGUGCAGGGCAUCGUGCAGGCCGUCAGCUCCAUUGCGCCCAGUGGCGAGGGUCUCGUGGGCGCCGUGAGUAACGGUGCCGCGAGUGAGGCGGACACAGCGGCCCUCAAGGACUGGAUCGGCAGCAUUGUGGGCGAAAAGAUUGCGGCGUCAGGAAACCAGCAGCUGAUAGAGGCGGUCUUGGACGCGCGGAACUUGGGGUGA